AUUAUGAUAGAUGGAGUUCUGGGUGAUGGUGCUGGUUACGUGUUAGCUCACAGCUGUGCGUUAAGUUGACGGUGACACUUUUAGCUUUGAUAGCAGAUGUUUAACAUGAAGGUGUCUGGUGUUCAGGACCUUUAAAGCUCUGUUCUUCGUCACAUCCAGCAGCAUCUUUUAUACAAGGACAUGAGAACUGGGGCUCAAAUACAAGCGAGCGCUUCUUGUGAUUUUCCUUGAUAAAGGAUUAGCAGUGGGAUGGGUUUGUGCACCAUAUCAACGCUGGAUUUCCCGGGUUUAGCAUAUUAUACCCUCCCAGCACCUUUCUGAAAAUUGCCCACCAGGAAUGGAGGCAGUGAACUCCGCCUUCUCAGUAUUUAAACCCACAAUCUCACCCGGAGCUCAGAGAACCGGAGAACUUGAUCUUGACCAACACGUUUGGAUUCGUGGGAACUAAAUCUGAGCUCUAAUUGCCUAAAAGGUUCCAGCUGCAGUCUCCAAUCCGCCCAUCUUGGACACAUUAUCACACUUUUUAUUUAUUUAUUUAUUUUGCCUCCCACUCCUGGGAUUUAACCUUCACCCAGUCCGUCACUUCGCCCCCUCCUACCCAGAAAGAGGGUGUAAAGUUGGAGUCGGCCCGGAGAUGCGGUUCUUUUUCCCGCUGACUGUGUAUUGCAUCAGCCUGCUUUCCCUCCAGCAGGCUUUGCCGGCUGAGGAGAGACCGGCCACGAACAGGUUGGAUGUUCUCAACAAACUCAUUGGCCAGAAAGAGGAUAACGCUCCCGCUGCAGAAAGCCAGACUAUCAGCACGGUCCCAUCUUCAGCCUUGAGCCGAUCCCCAAACCGGCUGCCUGGAUUCAUGAAGCAGCGACUGGCAUCAGGAGCAAGGACAGCCUCCCCGGCCUUGGCGUGGGCGCGGUCCACCGAGGCUUUGCAGGUUGAGCGACGGGCACCGAGAGCUCGUCGCCAUGCCCACUCACGAGGGGGUCACCACAACCAUCACCAUGCCAAACUGAUGCGGGUGGGUUGCGUCCUGGGGACCUGUCAAGUGCAGAACCUCAGCCACAGGCUCUAUCAGCUUAUUGGCCAGACUGGCAGAGAAGACUCUUCUCCCAUUAAUCCCAGGAGCCCCCACAGCUUUGGAUGACUUCGAUAAAACCUCCAAAUAGCCACAGCAAGUCUAUCUAUUGCUCCAUUUAUUUAUUGUUUCUUAAUAUAUUAUUAUUAUUGAUAGUUAUUGCAUUAGAGUUUGAUGUAGUACACAACUUUUAUUAUACCCGCCUUAGAUGACUGUUGCUUCUAAUUUUUGUGCACAAUAUAUGGAUUUAAAACUUUAAAUCAGGACUGAUUGAAUCUUCUUUCAAGCCCCUGAACUGAUUUCUCCCACCAUCAUGAGAAAGUUUGGCUUUGAGGGUUAGUGAUGUCUUUCUGAAUCUCCCUCUGGAACGUUCAAAAGAAGCCAAGAGAUCUCAGGCUGAUGUUUAAAUCCUGUUAAUAUAAGAAUGAAGGCUUGUCUUCAACACCAUCCAGCGGCCUGGUCCUAUCUGCCCACUGACCUCCGCAGGAGUGGUUAUCCUGCCGCUCACUGAUCAAACACUUAAGCCAUUAAUGUGGAUUUGAAGCUGCAGCGUGAGCUGGAUUCCUGUCAGAACCAAUGUAUUCCUAGAGAACUCGUCGGCGACUCAGUGAACCCUUUUACCUCUUUUCUGUGGCCCCCUUUGUCUUAAUGUUGGACUCACAUGCAAUUUCAGAUUGAACACUGACACCCCUGGAGCAGGUCGCAAGUUUCCAGUUGCCUCAGAACUGUGAACUCAUCAUUCAGCAAGACUUUACCACAGAGAGAGGAGAGGGUCAGCUUCUGUUGCUUUGGAUGGAAUGCAAACAAACGGACUCCCCUAAGUAUCGCUUUCAAUUUUGAGCUGCACUGGCUGGUUGGCUAUCACAGCACAGUGAACGUUGGAGUCAUGGAUCAGUCCUCUGUCACGCCGCUGCUGCCAUUCUCCCUGCUGGAAGCCAAGUCUGAAAUAUUAGCCUUUUCACGUGAUUCAUAAGUUCCCUGUGGAAGUCAGGACUUUGGACUGACAGCCGUUUAAUAAACCUAAAGGUUCAGUCACAAUGUGAGGGGUGGGAGGGGGCUGGGGGGCUUUCCAAGUCUCCCGCUGUCGAGUAGUUGUAACGGAGCGAUGUGGACUCUUGGUCUGGACGAAGAUGUUCCUGUUGAUGUUUCUCAGUAGCUCGAUAUUCGCUUUCAGUUCUAGAUCGAUCUCAUGAAACCAAAAACACAUUUGACCUUCUUUACGUGCCUUUGGACGUCUUAUGGACCAACUGAAGGACUUUUGUGAAAACUGCUGAGUGUGCACAUGAGUGCAUUUCUUCCUAAAUGUUUUCCUCUGUGUUUCAUGUGGAGGCUGUACAAGCCUGCAAUCUGCUCAUGAGCCAAGUCUUCGAUGCCAACUGUGUGAAGUCUUUUUUAGGAAGACUGAAUAAGAAAAGUUCAGCUGCAUGUUACAGUUGGUAAAACACCCUUAAUGUUGAUGUGUAAUGGGCUAAAUGGGUUUAAAUUAGUCCUGAGAUGAUGGCCAAAAGCUUUACGACUACAUUGCUGUUUUGUAAUGAGGGACCAGAGCAACCAAAAUGUUAGGUGUAGCAGUGCCCAGUUUCAAAUAUGUACACGAAAUAGCAAAAACACAAGUCCUAACAUUUCCUCUCACUCUAUUUAUAUUCACGUCCGAAGUGGUGGGCAGACGAUGGACUGAAAAUAACCGAAGUUUCCUCAUCAAGAGUCCUAGAAUUGGGUUAAACCUUACAAAAACUGUAAAACAUAUAUUUAAUUUCUCUAUUCCAAGUCUUUACUAUAUGUUUGGCUACUCUUUAUGUCUUUUUAAAGGAUACAGGCCACUGAGCGAUAUCUGGUUAUUACUGACGUUAGUUUAAAAUCACCAAAUACCUGAUAGUACUUGACAAAUCGACUUUACAGUGUGCGCUUCUUUUAUAGCCUGAUGUCUUUCUCCUUUUUUACAUGUUUGCAUUUAGUCUCUUUUUUUGCUAAUCCUGUCUGUAAUUGUGGGGGCUGUGAGGUCACAGGUCACAAUAAUCAGAGGUCUUAACCUGUUCAAAGGCUUGUUGAGGUGCAACUCUCUGCUGUAAUGGAGCUAAUCAGUGUCUCGUGACCGAUCAUUAAAAGGCUUUUCAAACGCUAAAACAACCUGGUUGAUUUCUGUACUUUCCAGAAUGUCUCUCUCUCUCACACACACACACACACACACACACACACACACAC